UAUAAUAAGGUGCAAACCAAAACAUAUGAAGCAUUUUAUGGUCAGAUUACAAAGUGUAGAAGAACAAGAGAUAUUCAUCAGCGUAGUUUUGAACACACUGCUAGAUGACAAUACUACGCUAACAAAACUCGGAGACUUGACAUAGUCUACAUCUUCAAUACGUCGUUUACUGCUCGCAUAGAGGGGUUUCUGUUGUAUUUCCGGUGUGAUGACAUAAGCCUGACUAAGAACUCAACACAAAAGCUCCAUAACACCUCAUUUGAAUCCAGGAUUAUGAAUUUCCGUAUUUGUUGACGUUUCUAAAAAAAAAAGUACUACCAAAAAGCUUUGAGUACUUGAACUAUAUAUCUUUGUGUAUGAGUUAACUCUCAAAAAGGAAAACGAAAAAAAAAUCUUUUCUUAAAAGACGGAGCAUACACGUUUAACAAGAAACAAUUUAAAAGAUCAAUUUGUUGAUGAAAUGUUUUGGUGACGAUGAUGAGAUAAUCCGGUAAUUAUGAGAUAAUCCACGGCUCGUGUCGUUAUCUCACCUCCCAGAGAUAUGAUUCAAACUUCGGCCUACUGACACCAGUUACGUUAUCUUCAAGAUUUAAACUAUUAUUUGUACGUUGCUUUGUUAAUUGUCUCAAUUAGUUUUGAUGAAUCAUUAUUUACGUUGGAACAAAAAUAAAUUUGAUUAUUAGAACACGCUAUAUAUUAUUUUAAUAAGCAACAAAGAACUAUAUUUUUUCAUAGUUUUCAUACUUCACAUUUAUUUAAAAAAGAAUUUACUUUUUAAUAAACGGUUUGAAACUAUUUAUUAAGAUUGUGAAUUGUUAUCCACACAUUUUAAUUAAUAAACCACUUCCACACAAAAUGGAUGUAAAGAUAUCAACAGACGUGGACGAGUGGAUAAAUGAACUAUACGAGUGCAGGCCCCUGAGCGAGGCUCAGGUUAAGUCCCUUUGCGACAAAGCCCGGGAGAUCUUGACCCGCGAGUCUAAUGUCCAGGCGGUCACGUGUCCGGUCACCGUCUGCGGGGACAUCCACGGCCAGUUCUACGACCUGCUGGAACUCUUCAAGGUCGGCGGUCGUCUGCCCAACACGAAUUACCUGUUCAUGGGGGACUACGUGGACAGGGGGUACCACUCGGUAGAGACGGUCUCACUUUUAGUGGCGCUCAAGGUUCGAUACCCAAACAGAAUCACCAUCCUCAGGGGCAACCACGAGUGCAGAAUGAGCACACAGGUCUACGGGUUUUACGACGAGUGUCUCCUCAAGUACGGCAACUCCAAUGUUUGGAAAUACUUCACCGAUCUGUUCGAUUACUUCCCUCUAACAGCUCUAGUCAACGGGACGAUAUUCUGCCUGCACGGCGGGUUAUCGCCCUCUAUCGACACGCUUGACCACAUCCGGGUUCUGGACAGGUUCCAGGAAGUCCCCCACGACGGGCCGAUCAGCGACCUGCUGUGGUCAGACCCGGAGGACCGGAACGGGUGGUCCAUGUCCCCGAGGGGGGCGGGCUUCAACUUCGGGGAGGACGUGUCGGAGGCGUUCAACCACUGCAACAGCCUCUCCCUAAUCUCCCGGGCCCACCAGAUGGUCAUGGAGGGCUACAACCUGUGCCACGGCGGUCACGUGAUCACCGUGUUCAGCGCCCCCAACUACUGCUACCGGUGCGGCAACCAGGCGGGGCUGAUGGAGGUCGAUGACCUUGGAAACACCCGGCUCACCCAGUUUGAGCAUGCGCCGAGCCAGAACCGGAACACGAAGUCCAAGGUCCUGCCAGACUAUUUUCUUUGACUCUGACUGCUCUGUUGGUUUUUUC